CAGCUGCCACCCAAAAAAAUCGUUGCCCCACUACAUAGUGCCGGGCGAUGAGUCAUCAGAAUAAACAUCUCAUACGCGCAAUACUUUUAUCGCGUUUUCUUUUCGGUUCUGAUAUAUUUUAUUUUUCUAUGAACGUCAAAUUUUCUUGACCACCGACUCGUCUGAGUGGUUGGCACUUCAAAACGCGGUAUCGAAUCACUGGGCACUUGGGUACGCCCGUAAGUUAACACUGCAAUUUUUUUUUUUCAUUUUGUUGACAAAAGUCGUACCUGGGUAUAUAGAUUAAUAGUUUAUAUAGAUAAAGGUACGUACUUUUAUCUAUUAAUAUUUCGACAAAUGACUCAUUUGUCUUAUCCGUGCAUUCACAAGUGUUUGAAUUUAAUUUCUGAUUAAAUAUUUGUCUAUAUUGUGUACCGGAGUUUAUUUAUACUAAAUACGUACUUGUCACACCGUUCAUGAUAUUGUAAUGCUAUUAUAGUAGAGUAAUAUAAUUUAUUAACUUACAAGGCCAUCAAUAAUGUUUUCAAAUCGACAACAACAAAAUUCUUCAGAUUUGUUACAUCAAACAAUCUCAUCAUCUGAUUCAAUUGUUUUACCUCCUCCACCGCCUGCAAUUUCUCUUUCUUCAUCAAACAAUAAUAAUUCAGCUGUUUCAUCAGUGGCUACCACCAUCUUGGCCUUGGAUGGUCUCAAUUGUGGUGGCAUACCUACACGUACAACACCAACUUUAACACCAACUACACUUCGUACCAUAGCUGCUGAUAUAGCUAAUUUGUCACCUGGCCCACCUGAAAAUUUUGCAGCUGCAGCUUCUGAUCUGCAUCACCUUGUGUCAUCUUCAUGUUCUACUAUAAACGUAUCAACUUUAGGAGUUACAGAUCGUACUGAUUUACAAGAACGUGUUACUCUACAGAAUCUAAGCAAUCAAACAAUAAGUCUUCAAAGCUUAAAUAAUCAACAUAUUAGUCUUAAUAAUGUACAAAACCAUCAAAAUUUAAAUCAAAAUAGUUUAAACCAACAACAACGUAAUGAUUAUACUAAUUCUUUUUCAACGGCUGCAUCAAGGCAGGCUGGUUUUGUGCCACCAUUAGUAUUGCAAAUCAAUUCCAGUAACUCUAGUGCUCAACAACCAUCAGGUUCAACAAUUUUAUUGAACAAUAACAACAGUUCUGGUUCAAGCUCUAUAUUUAAUGCUAAAGGUUCAUCUAGUUCAGCAUCAUCUUCACACUGGCAAGGAGUAGUAGUUACCCAAAGACCUCAGAAUAAAACCCGAAGUAUAAUUAAAAAACAAUAUACUGAUGAUGAAGAAGGUGAUGAUGAUUAUGAUUCUGCAGCUGAUGAUGGAACAGAUAGUAGCGAUACAACUUCUGGUAAAAUGAGUCGCAAACAAAAUACUAAAAAUAACAAAUCAAAUUCAAAGAAUAGCGUAAAAAGUGAAUUCAAGAAAAAUACUGGCAAUUCAGGAGGUGGUCGUCGGACUAAUAAUAAAGACAACAAAAUGAUGUCAGCAGAAGAAGAACAACGUCGCCAGGUUCGAAGAGAACGUAAUAAGCUGGCGGCAGCUCGUUGUCGUAAACGCAGAAUGGACCAUACAAAUGAACUUUUAGAGGAAACUGGCCAGUUAGAAGAUAAAAGGUUAAGAUUACAAGUUGAAAUUCAAGGCCUUCGUCAACAAAAAACUGAUCUACAACAGAUGUUAGCUCAACACAAAUGUGCUGUAAAUAUGAAUAAUGUACAGUUGUCGAAUUCUAUUACAUCUGUAAAUCAAGCUACUACAAUAUUAGAUUCAAAUGAAAUUUCUGAAACAAAACCUAUUAUAUUAAAUAAUCAUUUGUCAUCAAUUAAAGGAAUGUCUUUACAACAAAAUAUUAGUACAAACAUAGUGAUCAGUGAUAAUGAUAGUAAUAAUGUUGAUGAUAUUAUAAUAAAGCACGAAGAUAAUUCUAUUAUACAAACUGAUAUUGAUUCUAAAGAUUCCAUAAAUAUUAUUCCUACUUCUGUAAUGCAACAGCCACAUAGAAGACGACCCACAACACUAUUGCAACUCAACAAUAGCAAUUUCGGAAAUAAUAAAAAAAUAUCUGAAAAUGGCUCUACUGGUGUAGUAGUAUUGAAUUUCGAUUCGCUUAUGGAUGGUGGCACGGGAUUAACACCGGUAUCAUCUAGUGGUGGAAGUGUUCAAAAUCAUCAUCAACAAAUUCAACAUAAUAGCACAGGGAAUGGUGGUGUAAAUACUGACAAUAACAGUGUUUUAUCGUAAAAAACAAAAGUCUUCAUUAGUCAAUUAAAUUAGUCAACUAUAAUUAGUCAGUCAUUAAAGUACCAUCAGAGUUGGGUAUAGUAAUAAUUUUUAAAAGUAAUAAAAAUAAAAAAAAAUAAAAUCUUUUAGUAAAUAUUAAGUUCAA